AUGUAUCGUGAUGGCAAGGUUCCAAAUGUUAAAGAGAUUCAAAGAGCUAUGUUUAAUUUUUUUCAUUGUAGUCCAAGCUAUUGGAAAUGUUGGAAGGGUGGUGUGGUUGCAAAGGAAAUAGCCCGAGGGACAGCGGAGAACGGAAAUUCAUGCAAACCGGUUUUUUCCUGCAUGUUCGAGACACUUAAUGUUGGUUCUAGUUAUUGUAUCAUGGUAAGCAAGGAUAGUCAUAGGUUCAUGUAUUAUGUCUUGGCCUUCGGUGCUUGCAUUAAGGGAUUUUCCCACAUAAGAAAGGUAAUUGUGAUUGAUGGCACUCAUUUACAUGGUAAAUACGAGGGCGUGUUGUUGACCGCUGUUGCACAAGAUACAAAGACUCAUGUUUAUCCAAUUGUCUUUUGUGUUGUGGACAAAGAGAAUGAUGCAUCUUGGACAUUCUUCUUUGAGAAGUUGAAGGAGAUUGUGGUCGAUGAACCAUAUUUGUGUUUUAUCUCCGAUAGACACAAGAGUAUCGCCAACGGUAUUGUGAACAUUUACAAUCAUGCUCAGACUUAUUCUUUGGAGGAGUUCGACAAUCAUUUUGUAGAAUUCAAGAAUAAAUGCCUCGCGACAGUCAUCGUUCUUGAGUAUGAUAUUGGUUUUGAGAAGUGGAGCAGGGCACAUUAUCCUGGCAAUAGAUAUGAUGUGAUGACCACAAAUAUCGUCGAGUCACUCAAUGCUAUUUUGAUAAACGAAAGGGAGUAUCCUGUGGCAGCAAUAUUUAAUUCGAUUACUAAGAGGUUUGGAGAAAUAUUCAGGGAGAGGCCUGCAUAUAUCCUUAAAUCAAUGGUUAAUCAAAUGGUGCCUUCUGCCAAAAAAAUCGCAAGAAAUAAAAUGAUUGAGGGCGACUCCUUAUAUGUAGAGAACAUAAUCAGGGAUGACAAUCAAUUUAUCGUGUUCGGUGCAGGUCUUACUGCCUAUGUGGACAGGCCUAUUGGAAAAGUCAAGUUCUUGUAG